AUGAAUAUGUAUAUUUUUGAAAUUCCUUCAAAGCAGGCUCAGGAACUUGACCCUCUUUAUCAAAUUAGGUCCACCAUCCAAGCCUUUGUAUCCUCAUGUGGUGCCACUAGACUUACUAGUGAAAAAACUUUCAAGUCUUUUGACGGAAACCUAGCUACUAUCAAGUGGCCGGAAGUAGUAGACGAAUACGAAAGGCAUAAAAGUUCUGUGGAUGCUGCAAAUAAUUUACGUGAUAAUCUGACCUCUUAUCACGACAUUAUCUCAACCGAGAGAUGGGAAAUGCGCUUCUUUGGUUUCUUCUUGAGUCUUUGUGAAGCGAACGCAUACAGUUCCUUCAGGGUCUUCUCUGAGGAAGGUGCCUCAAGGGGCCACUCGUCCUUUAAGGAUAAUUUGGCCUUCAACUUGCUUGAACAUUGUAAGGAAUUGAAGUCAAGAUACAAUGAAGUGGCCCAAGGCAGCAACCGAAUGCUUAGAAGUGAUUCUAACCAUUCCUACGUCUCCAUGAGUAAUGCAAGCAACAAAAGAAAGAGAUUGAUAUGCCGUAAAUGCAAAGAAAGCGGCACUAAUGGCAAACGGGUUGAAAAAUUUUGUAGUUGUGACCCCACAAUCCCCUUGUGCUUCGACUGUCAUAAUCAACACUUGAAGGCUGUCUGGCUUCGCCAGCUUUAUUAA